GCGUUCCGGGCCCAACUGCUGCGAGAGAGCCGGUGAUAAGGUGUCUGAAGACGGCCACAGCGUGACAGCACAGAGGCUGCGAGUCUAUACAAAGCCCAGGAACACGAACCAGAGAGUGGUUCCCUUCUGCUUGUCGCCCCGCCACACUCCGGUCUGAGCCCGCCCGAGGAGAGAUCAUCAUGGAGGAGAAGAGGAUGCUGGCACCGGUUGCUCUCUUCUGCCUUGUUCUGGCAAUGUUGCCUUCUCACACAGUGACUUUAGCUGUCAUGUCAGUUGACCUGGGCAGUGAGUGGAUGAAAAUGGCGAUAGUGAAACCUGGCGUGCCAAUGGAGAUAGUUCUCAACAAGGAGUCACGGAGGAAAACGCCUAUUGCUGUGUGUCUCAAAGACAAUGAGAGACUGUUUGGAGACAAUGCACUGGGAAUGUCUGUGAAGAACCCCAAAACUGUAUAUAGGCACCUCCAAAGCCUACUGGGCAAGAAGCAUGAGAACCCUCAGGUGGCGCUCUACCAAAAACGUUUUCCUGAGCACCAUAUGCAGGUGGACACAGUGAGAGGGACAACUUACUUUAAAAACUCAGAAGAGACUCAGUUCAAUCCUGAGGAGCUCCUUGCGAUGGUGCUCAAUUACUCUCGUGGACUGGCUCAGGACUUCGCAGAACAACCAAUCAAAGAUGCAGUGAUCACCGUCCCAUCCUUUUUCAACCAGGCAGAGCGUAGGGCAGUCUUGCAGGCCGCACAGAUGGGGGGUCUAAAGGUCCUUCAGCUCAUCAAUGACAACACAGCCGUGGCCUUGAACUAUGGUGUCUUCAGGAGGAAAGAUAUCGACAAUGCAGCUAAGAAUAUUAUGUUUUAUGACAUGGGCUCCGGUAGCACUACUGCCACCAUUGUCACGUAUCAGACUGUCAAAACCAAGGAGUUUGGCACCCAGCCGCAGUUGCAGAUCCGAGGUGUCGGGUUUGACCGUGGGUUGGGGGGCUUUGAGAUGGACCUGCGCCUGCGGGACCAUCUGGCCAAACUGUUCAACGAGCAGAAGAAGAGCACUAAAGACGUGAGGGAGAACCAUCGGGCCAUGGCCAAACUGCUCAAAGAGGCCCAGAGGCUCAAGACCGUGCUUAGUGCAAACAUAGACUUCAUGGCUCAGGUGGAAGGUUUGAUGGACGACAUUGACUUCAAAUCGAAGGUGACCAGAUCUGAGUUUGAAGAAAUGUGUGCUGAUCUUUUUGAAAGGGUGCCUCGCCCGGUGGAGGACGCCCUCGCUGUUGCAGAAAUGAAGCUGGAUGAAAUCGAGCAGGUGAUUUUAGUCGGUGGCGCCACCCGCGUCCCCAAAGUUCAGGAAGUGCUGCUCAAAGCUGUGGGGAAGGAGGAGCUGGGGAAGAACAUCAAUGCAGAUGAGGCUGCAGCCAUGGGCGCCGUGUACCAGGCUGCUGCCCUUAGCAAGGCUUUCAAGGUCAAACCUUUCCUGAUCAGAGAUGCCGCUAUCUUCCCCAUUCAAGUGGAGUUCACCCGUGAGGCAGAGGAGGAUGGGGUCAAAACCUCGAAACACAACAAACGUAUCCUCUUCCAGAGGAUGGCGCCCUACCCCCAGCGCAAGGUCAUAACAUUCAACCGCUACAACGAUGACUUCUCCUUCGAAAUCAACUAUGGAGACCUCAGCUUCCUGAGUCAAGAGGACCACAGUGUGUUUGGCUCUGUGAACCUGACCACUGUCAAACUGUCUGGAGUGGGCAGCAGCUUCCAGAAGCACGCAGACGCAGAGUCGAAAGGCAUCAAAGCUCAUUUCAACAUGGAUGAAAGUGGAGUGCUCCUGCUGGAUCGGGUGGAGUCUGUCUUUGAGACAAUUGUGGAGGAUAAAGAAGAGGAAUCGACAUUAACUAAACUGGGUAACACAAUUUCUACCUUGUUUGGAGGAGGAUCCUCAGAACCUGCCCAAAAUGUAACUGAGCCUAUCCUGGAUGAGGAGGAAGUACCACCAGAGUCAGGAAAGGACGACAAGGACGACAAGGACGACAAGGACGACAAGGACGACAAGGACGACAAGGACGACAAGGACGACAAGGACGACAAGGACGACAAGGACGACAAGGACGACAAGGAGAAACAGGAUGACUCAGAAAAAAGUGAAAAGACUGAAGAGAAAAGCCAGGAACAGACUGAGGAGGAAGGUAGCAAGAAUGAUGCCAAAGAGGAAAAGGACGGAGAGAAAUCUGCAAACGCUGAGGCCGAGGAGGAGAAGAAAAAGGAGGAGGAGGAAGAGAAGAAGGCAAAACCUCAGAAAAAGAACAAGAUCUCAGAUGAGAUCACAGUGGAACUGAUCAUCAAGGACAUCUUCGAUCCCACUGCAGAUAUUCUCAAUUCCUCUAAAAAGAAGCUGCAAGAUUUGACAGACAGAGACCUGGCCAAACAGGAACGAGAGAAGACACUCAACAGUUUGGAAGCUUUUGUCUUUGAGACACAGGACAAACUGUACCAAGAUGAUUAUCAGCUGGUGGUGUCAGAGGAGGAGAAGGAGCAGAUCUCUGCCAAGUUGACGGAGGUGUCGGAUUGGAUGGAUGAGGAUGGUUACACAGCCUCCACCAAACAGCUAAGGGAGAGGCUGUCUCAGUUGAGGAGCUUGUGCAAGGACAUGUUUUUCAGGGUGGAGGAGAGGCGCAAGUGGCCGGACCGCCUGGCUGCUCUUAACGGUAUGCUCAACACCUCCAGCUUCUUCCUGAGGAGUGCCAGACUGAUACCUGAGGACGACCAGAUCUUCACUGAAGUUGAGCUGAAUAUGUUAGAAACCCUCAUCAAUGAAACAGGGACAUGGAAGAACGAGACGUUGGCACAGCAGGAGAAACGCUCUCCAAAAGAGCGACCGGUCCUGCUGUCCAAAGACCUCGAGUCCAAACUGGCACUGCUGGAUCGAGAGGUCAACUACUUACUCAACAAGGCCAAGUUUGCCAAACCCAAGGCUAAACCCAAAGCUAAGAACAGCACCAGCUCAGAUAAAGGCAGCAAGGCCAAUAACACAGCUGGGGAGAAAGUCAUCCCUCCCACAGAUGAGAGCACGGACUCGAAGAGCGAAAGUCCAGAGGAGGCUCAGCCGGGCGAUGCCCCGCCUACCGAGAGCACUGUACACACAGACUCAGACAGCCAAUCACAGCCCUUGGAAGAAUCCACAACCACAGCACCAAGGGACAAAGCCAAACCUGAAAACCAUAUAGACGAUGAGUUAUAACAGCUGAAACUGGGGGAAAAGAAAUCACUAUAUUUAUUGACAGUGUAUAAAUGUUCAAGUUCCGUCUUGCUCUGUUUUUUUUUUUUGCCCCGUUCGUUGAAUUGCUCGGAGCAGAAUGGAUGAAAAACAAAGUCCACACUCAUCUCCUUCUCCCAUUUGUCUCCUUUUGCCCUUCAUCUCUCUCACUUUCGUGGAUGCGGUAAGCAAUGGACACUUGCAACACGAGGAACCAGCCAGAUAAAAAUAGAGCCCCACACUGUGUGUGUUGUGAUAGAUGCACGGCCCAGACAAAAGCCCCUCUCACAUCCGACAGAUGGUUUCCUCAAUGCUGAUUCAGGCCAUAUAGAAAUAAAAAUUUGACAAGAUCGAGUGCUAUAACACUCGUCAUUCGUGUGAACUUCUCAUUUCCUGCUUUGUCCUCUGCACUGUAUCCUCAACCAUGCUGUGUUGUGAAAUUAAUUUUUGUCUUAACACCUGCUCUCUACUUUCACUGACCCGUCAUGGAUUGAGUGCACUAGAGUCCUAUAGAGGGAACUCUAUGGAUAGAUCGAUUUUUAUGUUUUUCCUCCAGGCCCAAAAAUGUAUUUUGUAAAUUUGUAGAAAACAGACAAAAGGUGGAAGCAAAUCUCAAACACAUACAGUUUAUGUAGAAAAGAUAUCGUAAGUACAGUGGUUUGGUUGGAAUGGAAAGCGUCUUUAAUCUGGUGAAUCAUACCGAUUGAUAGGGUAAAAUAUCCAAAGUCAUUUGUCAGUAAGCCGCAGAAUAAGAAGUAAGGUUGAUUUAUUUAUGACAAGUGAUGCUGGUAUAAAUGUCUAUCGUACAUAAACAUGUGGAAGCUACCUGGCUGAGAAUAGAACUUGAAGGUGUGUCUAUCCAUCAUACUGUAAGUCACUUGCAUUCAAACAUUUGAGUAAGCUUAAUUGAUUUGAUUUUAUGAUGAAUCUCCAACAUUACAAGUCCAUAUUCACCAACAGUUUUUUCCAAAACUAUUGGCUCUAUAGAAACAUAAUUGCCUCAAAAGUUGCCAAAUGGAGAACAUAUGAAAUUUAAAUGGGGUCUCCACAUAUCUUCUUAACAUUAGGCUUCUGACCCUGACCAAAUUAUUCAUUACUCAGUUUUUGUACUGAUGCCUGUUCAACCUCUGAAAAGGCUUGAAUGUGUUUCAGUGACAGCAGAGAAACCUCAUGUAUUCAAAGUGUCAUGAGCUGCUGACCCUAUAGAACAGGUGGAAGUGCUCUUACUGCUCUUUACCUCGACGUGCCCUCGGCUGCAGUUUCCUGCCCACAUGUUGGCACCACUUCUCCCACCCUGUGUGGGUCAGUAGUGUGCUUCUUUGUUAAUGGCACUCUGGCUUAUUUAAAGGGGAAAGGUAAAAUCAAACAAAUAAGGCAGAAAUGUAUAAUGCAAGUGAUGUGUUUCUAAACUGUUAAUAAAGAAUUUUUUUGUUUUUAA